GUUGCCUCCCGGUCGGUGCCGCAGGAGAAGGUCGCCCCGCUCGCCCGCUCGCCCCGGGGGAACUCCCAGGUCUCGCUCAGCCGCUCGCGCAGUCCCGAGCACUCGGGGACAUGUCGAGGUGGGCGGACGCCCGGUGGGCCGGCGCCAGACGGCGGGCGGCGGCCGCGGCACGAGCGCCCUCCUCGAGCUUUCCCCGGAGACGCCUCCUCUUACACGCGCCCCGAGCCUGAAGGCGCUGCCGCGGCGAGGAGGCCCCGCGGCACCGGGAGCGAGAAGCGCCGGCCCCUGAGCUGCAGCCCCGGGAGUCGCUCUGGGAAUCGCGCCGGGAGCCGCUCCGGGGAGGAUGAAGCUGCUGGAAAACUCGAGCUUUGAAGCCAUAAACUCCCAGCUGACGGUGGAAACGGGGGAUGCCCACAUCAUUGGGAGGAUCGAGAGCUACUCGUGCAAGAUGGCCGGGGAUGACAAGCACAUGUUCAAGCAGUUCUGCCAGGAGGGGCAGCCCCACGUGCUCGAGGCCCUGUCCCCACCCCAGACCUCGGGGCUCAGCCCGGGCAGGCUGGGGAAGAGCCAGAGCGGGGACGAGGAGGGUCCCCUGAGCGACACGUGCAGCCGCAAGACCCUGUUCUACCUGAUCACCACCCUCAACGAGUCCUUCCGGCCCGACUACGACUUCAGCGCCGCCAAGAGCCACGAGUUCAGCCGGGAGCCCAGCCUCAACUGGGUGGUGAACUCAGUGAACUGCAGCCUGUUCUCUGCCGUGCGGGAGGAUUUCAAGGCUCUGAAGCCGCUGCUGUGGGACGCGGUGGACGAGGAGAUCUGUCUGUCCGAGUGUGACAUCUACAGCUACAACCCGGACCUGGACUCGGAUCCCUUCGGGGAGGACGGGAGCCUCUGGUCCUUCAACUACUUCUUCUACAACAAGAGGCUCAAGAGGAUCGUGUUCUUCACCUGCCGCUCCAUCAGUGGUUACGCCUACACCCGGCCGGACACCGGGAACGAGCUGGACAUGGAUCUGGGAGAGGGGGACACGGAAAAGGGCGACAGCGGCGACCCCGAGGGAGGGGGCAUCGAGGGGGACAGGCUGCAGGUGAUGUGCAUGUGAGAGUCCAGCCCCGAUCCGAGAGGAACGGACCUGGGAAUGGACUGAGGAUGGACUGGGAACCAAACCAGCAUCAGAACCGGGACUGGGACGGGAACCAGGAAUGGAACCAGGAAUGGAACCAGCACCGGGACUGGGAACCAAACCAGCAUCAGAACUGGGACUGGGACGGGAACCAGGAAUGGAACCAGCACUGGGACUGGGAAUGGAACCAGCACCGGGACUGGGAAUGGAACCAGGACUAGGGACUGGGAAUGGAACCAGGACUAGGGACUGGGAAUGGAACCAGCACUGGGACUGGGAAUGGAACCAGCACUGGGACUGGGAAUGGAACCAGCACUGGGACUGGGAAUGGAACCAGCACUGGGACUGGGAAUGGAACCAGCACUGGGACUGGGAAUGGAACCAGCACUGGGACUGGGAAUGGAACCAGCACUGGGAAUGGAACCAGCACCGGGACUGGGAAAGGAACCAGCACCAGGACUGGGAACCAAACCAGCGCCGGAACUGGCCCUGAAACCAGCCACGAACUGGGAAUGGACCCGGGAACAGAACCGGCCCCACAGCAGGAACAGGACUGGGAACGGGGCAGGGAAUGGG